AUGCGCGAGGUCAACUUCAGCAUCCCGAAUGCCAACAAGGCGUCGGUUGGCAUCACCACUGCCCUCUACGACCGCCGCGCCCUCGACUGCACAUCGACCCUGCCGCUAAUCAACUCGCUCAACCACCUCGCCUACCUCACCACAUCCUCUGCCCGCAUACGAGACAUUCUCACCGUCGAUGGCGGCAUCGAGCGCCUCAUAUGCAUCCUCAAAGAGGGCCGGAGCAAGGACAUGAUGGACAUGUGGAAGUGGAACCUGGCUUUCCAGUGCAUCUUCAACAUUGGCGUGCGAGGCUCGGAGAAUGUCCGCACACGCGUCGUCGAGGCCGACAUGGUGCCCGUCAUCGCAACCAUCCUCGACAACUACAUCAAGGUCGUCGACAAGUGCAGGGCGAGGGCCGAAGCUGACCUGCACAGGUCCGCUCGCCUUGGCACGCCCUCCAGCCGACACCACUCCUCACGAACUGGCGAGGUUGCAUCCAGCUCCAGCCACAGGUCGGACCGCUCACGGCGAGCUAUACCCCCUCCCAUUGAGAUUCCCCAGGCCUUCGCCCAGACGCCGAUGGACUCGCACAUGGGCGAGGCCACUCCCACCCCUGCGUUUUCGCUGAGCUCCCCCCCAGAGCGCACCACCUUCACCCGCGGCCGCCCCCCUCAUCACCAUCAUCACCGCAGUCACGAAGGCCGAGCACAGCUGUUUGGUGCCGUCGGCAAUGCCGCUCGCAACAACUUGGGCCAGCCGCUCGUCACUGCAUUGCCAUCCAUGGAUGCGGCUACCGACGCUUUUGCACUACGGCCCGUGCGAGACGCUGAUCGCCUGCCCUCCAUGCUCCCCGCCCUGCAAGGGGAGAUCACUUCCCAACCAGAGUCGCCAACCACGCCGAGCGCUCCACAAGCCCGCCAAACCAGCCCAAGAGCGUCGCUCGCCCGAACUCGCCGCCGCCCGUCAAUCCGACACCAGCUCUCCGCUUCUGGCGAGUCUGAUCUCGAAGCCCAACAAGAUGACAUGUCCACGGAAGCCGUCACAGCCGCAGGACCGGCUAUGAACGAGCCCAUCGUGGGGAUACAGAAUAAUGAAAUCAACAUGGCCGACAUUGUCGACACUGCCGAGAUGUUGGAUGCUGGCACCACGCCAGUUCCCAUUGCAGCUCCGUCUGACGGCGCAGACGAAAAUAACGAGACGUUCAACAUCACACACCGCCCAGCGCUCGAUGGCAGUCUCAUCAAUCCCACCAAUACCCCGCCCAACAACCCCAUCACAGGCUUCUCCCCCAUGCAGCCCACCAUCAAUGUCGUAAACACCAAUCCUCCGCCACCAUGGUACCCACGCUAUGCCCAGGACCGUAAUGCCUCAGCCGGCGUUCUGGCCGCCAUGCCCCGCGAUGAAGACGUUCUCAUGUCUUUGCAACUGCUGGCAUAUGUGUCCAAGUACUGUAAUCUCCGUUCCUACUUCCAAAAGUCACAUCUGGUGCCCAAGCUGAAGAUUGGGUCCGACCUGCAACUGCUGGAUGGAGAAACAGCGACCCCGAAAGCAACAGAGGAAGAGGACGAGUUGGAAGAGUAUGAGCUCCCAGAUGACUUCAACAUCUUCCCUCUUGUCGAGCAGUUCACUGUACGUCACCACACAUCAGACAUGCAGUACUGGGCAAGUGUCGUUAUGCGCAACCUUUGCCGAAAAGACGAUUCCCGUGGAGGCAUUCGACAAUGUGCCUACUACCAAUGCGGCCGCUGGGAAGAGUACACGCGCCAGUUUGCCAAAUGUCGCCGCUGCCGACGGACGAAAUACUGCAGCAAAGAGUGCCAAAAGAGUGCCUGGGUUUUUCACCGCCACUGGUGCGUCGCAGCCAGCUAG